GCGAAUACUUAUACGGAGAGGACUUAAACAAAGCCCUGCAAUAUAUGUACGACAAUCACAAGUAUUCAAAACUAGUCUUUUAUUUGGAGGCAUGCGAAUCAGGCUCAAUGUUUAAUAAAUUAUUACCGAAAAACAUAAACAUUUUCGCCACAACUGCAUCGAAUCCCACGGAAUCGAGUUAUGCCUGUUAUUAUGACUCUAAGAGACAGACAUAUCUGGUACAGCAGGAAUACGGGGACCUAUCCAUUGGCAACCUUCCUCUCACUCAGUUCCAGGGAUCCAAGAAUUCAUUCCAUCAAUUGAUUGGUGGGGAUGAGGUGACACCGGCUGUCUUUACAACCGUUGACAGUGGAGAUGUGCCCAUACAUGUCCUCAAAAAUAGGAUCCAGGCCACCACUGAUCCCGAGGAUAAAAAGCUGUAA